GAUGGCAGGAUACUUUAUCAGCCAUGUUUAUUUUUACCCCUAAAUUUUCGAUAAAUCCAUUCACCCCUAUUGAAAGUGUCAAACUGGAUCAUGUGUUUUGAAGUGUUAAAAAUCUAGGGGUAGUGAUUAGCACAAAAUAAUCAGCACAGCUAAAUGUUCCCGUAAUUUAAAAAAAAUGUCGAUAAUCUGCGAGGAAGUGUUCGACGAAAUUAGUCAUCCCUCUGAAGAAGAAAUCAAAGACUAUGCUACAAAAAUUGGCAUUGAUCCUGACUCUGAGCCACAGUUACUACCUUUGGCAGCUGAGGGGCUCAUGAAGGCAUUACCGCCUGGCUGGAAGCCCUGUUACGACGAUAAAUCCAAGUCGUACUAUUACUAUAAUAGCAUAACGAAAAAAACGCAAUGGGAACAUCCUUUAGACGAAGUCUACAGAGGUUUGGUGAAAAAAGUGCGAGCAGAAAGCCAGUCUUUGAGUAUCCACGACAACAAAGACGACGCCACUUGCGCUACCGAUGAUUUAUUGAGUCUUGAUGAACCACCAAAGCUGUUAGAUCCGUCUCCUAUGAUAGGUUGUGGAGCCAGGAAAAAAGUGAGAUUAUCACCACUGAAGCUAAGUCCAUCCGCAAGUCCCAAGAAAGAAAACAAACUGUUCAAGCAGAUGUCCGAAGAUGUGAACGUGAAAUGUGCCAAAAAAUUAACGUUAGGUUUCAGCAGUUUCGAUAAUGACAAAGAUAUUAGUUUCGAUAAGCAUCCCAGAAGUAUGGACAAACCAGAACUGAAACUCAGCGGAGGAGGAAGUAUGUUUCUGAAAUCGAAUACGAAGAAAUCGUCGUCGCUAGAACAGCAAAAUAGUUUGGGUGUUGGUAAUAAUGUCGGAAAAUCAGACUCCCUGCAAGAAUCUCAGCAACCAAAAGGCAUUCUUAGGGAAAAACUAGGAAUAGAACAUUCAAAAAGUGUAGAGUUCGACAAGUUGUCGACACUAGAUAAAUCUGAAAAGGAAGAUGAAGACAAGAAAAGUGUUAGAUUCAAUUUGGAUACUAACACGGACAUAGAUAAAAGUUCGAGUGAAGAAGAUCUGAACAGCAGUAAGAAUCUCAAAAUCGACGAAAUAAUCAACGUUAAACUAACACCGAAUAAGUCACGAUUUACCGUGACUCCGGUGUCUGAACCAACAAGUUCAUUAAAGUUGAUAAAACCGAACCCCAGCGACUUUGUCAAGCCGAAAUUAACUCUGAAUAAAGGUUCGGAUUCGGACGAAGAAACUAGAAGUCUCGAAAAAGUCGCGAUCAACAAUAUGGACUCGAUUUUCGAUAGUGAUAAUUCCGUAUCUAGUCACGAAGAAAAAUUAGGGGCAGUUACUCAUAACAAACUAGUGAAUAAGUCUGACAAAGCCGUGGAAAAGAUGAAACUAAAGAUUUGGGAAGAAAAGAACGACGAGCUAGUGAGGUUUAAAGAGGGCAUAGCAUCUUCGCAUAAGAAUGAAAUGAGUAGAAUAGUAGAUAACGAAAAAUCAAAGUAUGAAGAAACACUCGAGACUGAAUUAGACGAUCUUAAAAAAACUAUGGAAGAAAAACGUAAAAGAGUUCUGGAAGAGGAAGAGAAAAGGUUAGAAGAGGAAUUGAUAAAGUUAAAGGCGGAACUUGCGGCGAAAUACGAAAUGGAAGAGAAAAGGAUGAAAGAAGAGUUUGAUAGGAAAAAGGAGGAGUUGGAAAAGUAUUACGACGAGAAACUAGCGGAAGUUGAAAAGGAGUUAGCCGAUAAGGUAGAUAGGAGUAAAGCGGAGAUGACAUUCACGCACAACGCGAAUGUGGAUCAACUCAGGCAGAAUCAUUCGAUAUUAAUUGACGAUCUGAAACGGGGAUUCAAAACAGACGAACAGAUUUUAAAACAGCAACACCAAGCGCAGAUGGCUGAACUGAGAGCCAAGAACCAAAACGAGAUGGAUUCUGAGAAGAAUAGAUGCGAUGAAAAAGCAUAUGAGAAAAUGCGUGGCGAGAAACGUCUUUUAGAGGAUAAAUAUAGGUGCCUGAAGGAUAAAUAUCUACGUCUAAAGACUGAUGUUAAAUUAUCAAUAGAAAAGCGGAACAAGAAAAAAGAACAAAGCAUCACUACGAACACUACAGGAUCUGAGACUGAACAAAGUAAUUCCAACAACAGGGAUAGGAAACUGGUCGAAAAACCUCCAACCCCUAAACAGACUCGUUCUGGUGUAGACGCGGCGCAUUUCGGCAAGUCGGAGGGCAGGAACCUGAAACAGGUCACCAUUCAGGAUCUGGACACGUCGAUCAGUGAUAACUGCUACCAGAGCGACGAUAAGGCCAACCAGAAUGACAGCUCGGACAGCACCAAUCCGGGGAGGAGCAAGAGGAAGCUGUUUUCAAGAUUGAAAAGCUCGUCCACGUCUCGAAUAAACAACAACUCGAAACCGAAGAAUAAGCCGCAACGCGCGUGCUCGCCGGUAGAAAAUCUCCGCAAACAACUGCAAAAAUUGGAAGACCUCGAGGACCAGUUUCCAGAGAACUCGCAUUCCGAUACGUACCAUUUGCGGUACCCGUUUUCGGACGGGCAGAAGUUCGAGGGCAGUUCCGAGUUGGAAUUCUUCAGGCAUCGGAUACAUCUGGAGAGGGAUUCGAUCAAGAGGGCCAAGGAAAGUUUGAGGAGUCAGAAGACGCUGUUUCAACAGAGACAGAAGGAGUUGAAGCUGAAGCAUGGCAGUAUGGCGAGGCACACGUUGCAGCAACUGUGUCAGGAGGAGAAGGAGCUGACCGACAUGGAGGUGAACCUGCAUCGGACGCGCAGUCUCUUGGGCGAAAAAGUGAUACGUCUCCGCCAUCUCGAACAAUCUCUCCAAAGGGCGAACCUGCAAAGCGAGCAGAGGGCCGAAGACGCGACGCUUAGCGAUUUGUCUUCGCACAGCGCGAGUUCAGGCAUCAGCAGUACCGAGUUUGCCGCGAACGAGUUCGCUAGAGGUUGCGAAAAGUACCAGGAGUCUUCGGAGAUUAUGCAGAGCCUGGAGAAUCUCAACUCGGAGAUCAGGGAGAUAUGGGAUGUGUUGAGGACGCAGCAACAGCAGAAUAACAUCGCUAAAGUAACGCCCAUCCCGCCGCUAGCGAUGUACCCGGACCUCGGCUGGCCAAUGUUAGCCGCAGCGGCGGCCGGCUCUUCAACGGCCCCACACUCGAUCCCCACGCUUGCCGACCGCCUCCACACGUACAGGCAACAGGUCGCCGUGUUGGCCAACGCGCAGAGUACGAUGGUGACCGCCGCGGGGGCAGGCGGGGAACAAGCUGUCACCACGCAUCUGGUGGAACGUACGAGGAACCUGAAGCAUUGGUUGAGACAAACUACGUCCGCGGCGACGAACGGGGAGGCGGCCGCAGCUGGACAGGACGGCGGACAUAGCAAACCACCGCAGGCUACGCUGUAAACGCGCGAACCCAGGUUCGAACGUUUGACGUUAGAUUGAGUAAUGUUGGAAUAUCGAGAGGUAAAAGUGUUUUUAGGAUUCAUCCUUAACGAGGUUCAUUACACUGGAAAGUUUCGGUACCCCACGAUCAUUUCUGUGACCUUAAAUUUGACGUUGUUCCUUCAAGUUCGUGUGAAGGUCAAGUCGAUUUUUUUAAAUGGAAGCUCUCAUUUUUGACCCCGUAAAUGAAAAGAGCGGAAAAUGUUACGUUCAAUUAUGGUCCUGACCUUUCUUGAAUUUUGACCUUAGAAGGCAUGAUCAAGGUCAAAUCCACGUAAAAAUGUUUUUAGGAUUCAUCCUUGACGAGGUUCAUUAUACUGAGAAGAUCCAGAACUCCACAAUCAUUAGUGUGACCUUAAAUUUAACCUUGUUCCUUCAAAGUCGUUUGAAUGUCAAGUCGAUUGUUUAACUGGAACCGCCCAUUUUAGACCCCAUAAAUGAGAAGAUAUGUGCAUUUUACGUUCAGUUAUGAUUUGGACCAUUUUUAAAUUUUGACCUUAGGAGGUCAUGGUCAAGGUCAAAUCCAGGUAAAAAUAUUUUUAGGAUUCAUCCUUGACUAGGUUCAUUAUACUGAAAAGCUGCGGAACUCCACGAUCAUUUGUGUGACCUUAAAUUUAACCUUGUUCCUUCAAAGUCGUUUGAAUGUCAAGUCGAUUGUUUAACUGGAAUCGCCCAUUUUAGACCCCGUAAAUGAGAAAAGAGGUGCAUUUUACAUUAAAUUAUGAUCUGGACCCUUCUUAAAUUUUGACCUUAGGAGGUCAUGGUCAAGGUCAAAUCCAGUUAAAAAUGUUUUUAGGAUACAUCCUUGACGAGUUUCAUUAUACUGAGAAGAUCCAGCACUCCACAAUCAUUAAUGUGACCUUAAAUUUAACCUUGUUCCUUCAAAGUCGUUUGAAUGUCAAGUCGAUUGUUUAACUGGAACCGCCCAUUUUAGACCCCGUAAAUGAGAAGAGAGGUGCAUUUUACGUUCAAUUAUGAUCUGGACCCUUCUUAAAUUUUGACCUUAGAAGGUCAUGGUCAAGGUCAAAUCCAGGUAAAAAUAUUUUUAGGAUUCAUCCUUGACUAGGUUCAUUGUACUGAAAAAUUCCGGAACCCCACGAUCAUUUGUGUGUCCACAAAUUUGACCUCAUUCCUUCAAGGUCGUUCGAAGGUCAAGCCGAUUUUUUUAAAUGGAAUCGCCCAUUUUGGACCAUGUAAAUUAAAAAAGCGUAAAAUUUUACAUUCAAGUAUGGGCUUGACCAAUCUUAAAUUUUGACCUUAGGUUAUGGUCAAGGUUGAACCCAGGUACGGUAAUAAAGGUUGAAAACAAGUAGUCAUAGGGAAACGAUCGAUAGAUUAUUUUCAUGAUUUUUCCCCGGAUAUCCAAUGGUGACCUUGGAUCUGACCUUUACAAUGAUUCACUUGAACAUAAUGUAAAGGUCAAUUCGAUUUUUGUAUCCAGAGAAGAAUCCUGAAAGAACAAUUAAGUCAGUUUAUCUGGAGAUUACACAGUUUUCUGAGUUUCAAAGAAUUAAGGUAAACUUUUGUUUGACCUUGAUAGUCAAGUCCAAGGUCAAGUUCCAAAAAUGGUCAAGGACAUAUUAGAAAAUAAAACGGCGGUAGUGCGGAACUUCAGAGUUUAUAAAUCCUCAACUAACUACUUUACGAUAUUUAGACGCUGUCAGAAUUAGAAGAAACUAUAGUUGGGAUGUCGGAUAAAACGUCUGUAAUAAUAAGGUAUUAUUAGUAUCUGUCUUUUUUAUUCCUUCGUCAUGAACCUUGUACCAGUACGUGGUUUCACCCUACUCGAUCAUCGAUAUUAUCACAUAACUUCUACAAAAAAAAAAUACUGUGUAAUGAAUCCAGAAUGUGGUUUCUUAAAGGACAUAUAAUCAAAUGCUAUUAUUCCAAGCUAUUUUAUUCUGAUCCGUCCUUAUUUUCCAAGUAGCAACGCUUUUCAAGAUGAUCUUCCACCUGAACUUGUGGCAUGACUAAAACAAAUCUUUAUGCUUGUAUGUUACUCCCGAAACCUUCAAAGCUAUGCAUUAUGUCAAUAUUAACUGUAACCACAUGCGUAACAGCUAUUCUUAAGCGCAGUUCUAACCAACCUGAAAAUGGUAAUCGUGCUCAAAUUUUGUGUUUGCUCAAACGCAAGCUUAAACGUAAAAGGAAAGAAUAUUGAAAGUCCACGCUUUAAAAAUCGCACUUCUGCUUUUAUUUCAUAAGCUUUGCUUAUACUUACCGUAAUGCUUAUACGCUCAAAAUAACGGUCCAUGAAUGUUGUGUAAAUUCCCAAAAUAUACGAGUAUUCUGUUUUGAAAUAAAAAUUUAUGCUAC